AUGUCCCCGACGUUGCCUCCUACCGACUCUCCGCCACACCUUCGCAGACCUCUUGCCGGCAACAAGGGCGCCGGCGGCGACAUGACCAUGAUGUUCUUUGCCCAGCCCGACUGCCCCGUGAGGUUCGCCCACCAGGACGAGCAUCGCGUGAAGGGCCUCAACGCCGAGGCCAUCGCCCGCGUCCUCCUGCCCAUCCCCUCGUGGCUGCGGGCGCUCGAAUACGAUCCCUUGCGGGCCCGGGGGGACGAUGCUGAGGUCUCGUCUCUUUUCUUUAGCUUGAAUCUCUCAAUCUACGGCGUGCCGGUCGUCGACUCGGAUUGGACUGAGCAGUGGUUCUUCAUGUCCGGCCGCGUCCACCCCUACGCCCUUGCCUGGGAGAUUGAGCGCCGUGAUGGUCUCGAGGCCGCCCCGGGCGACACUCUCCUCUACACGAUGCCCGCCCUCGUCGUCCGCGACCAGGGCUACCAGCCCGUCCUCCCGCGCUCCUUGGCGUCCGACCAUCAGUUCCCGUCGACGCCUCCUGUCGUCUCCUUUUACGGCGUCGUCGCCGGCUCCGGACUUGACCUCCUCCAUGCUGAUCUUCUUCCUGGUCUCGGCUCCGACCAGCUCCGCUGCUGCGGCCUGAUCCAGCUGUCGACUUAUAUCGCCCCCGGCGUCCCGGACAAGGUUCCCUUCAAGGGCUACCACCCCUUUCAGGCCUUUGUAAUCUUUCCCAUCUAUGCUAACCCUUGGCUUAUCCUGUGUAAGAAGCUGGCCGAGAGAUCUACCUCUCCCUUUCUGCCUGGUACCCCCUUUACCUGUACCGGCCGCGACCCUAAGACGCCAGCCCGCUUCUGCCUCCUCUGCAUUCGAGCUUGUCCGCGCCGCCUCCUUCUCGCUUGCCACGCCACCUUCGACCGCGCCGCCCACGCCUUCCAAGGUUCCCGGCCUGCCUGCCGUCACCCCUGUGACGCCGCCGCCUAA